AAGAUGAAGCAAACAUGGAGCUCCAGCACAAGAUGACCUUGGGUUCCCCUUGAGUGCCGUUUCCUUGGAUGUCCUUGUCCUCAGUGUAUGGAGUCAGAAGUCCCUGAGAUGUGGUGGUUUCAGCAAGGCCUUUCCUUCUUGCCCGUGGCCCUGGUUGUCUGGUCAGCUGCAUCCUUUGUGUUCUCCUACAUCACUGCCAUUGUCCUCCACCACGUGGACCCUUUGGUGCCCUACAUCAGUGACACUGGGACAAUCCCUCCUGAAAGAUGCUUGUUUGGGAUCAUGUUGAAUGUUUCAACCUUCUUGGGGAUGGCCACGAUGUAUGUGAGGUACAAGCAGGUGUGUGCCCUGAGCCCAGACAAACCCAGCACCCUCAGGCUGAACAGGAUUGGCCUCACCCUGGGACUCAUGAGCUGCUUUGGACUUUGCAUUAUUGCCAACUUCCAGAAAUGCAUCCUGUACUACAUCCAUGUGCUUGGAGCCUGCCUGACCUUUGGAGUUGGAGCUAUCUACAUGCUGGUUCAGACCAUCCUGUCCUACCUGAUGCAGCCAGAACUGCACAGCAAAGACAUUUUCUGGGUGCGUCUGAGCGUGUUCCUGUGGAGCUGCUCCAGCAUUGUCUGCAUGUUUGUCUCCUCAGUUUUGUUAAACAGUGGCUUGUAUGGAGCUAACCUGAUGCAGAAGAUGCACUGGGACCCACAGGACAGAGGAUACAUCCCCCACAUGGUCAGCACCGUGUCCGAGUGGUCCUUGGCAUUCUCCUUCCUCAGCUUCUUCCUCACCUACAUCCGAGACUUCCAG